AUGAAUAAUGACCAAUGCAUCGGCGUUGUCGGUUCGGGAAAUAUGGGUCUUGCCAUCGCCUACCGUUUAUUCUUAAAUGGAUUCCGUGUAGUAUUAGGAAGUCGUUUUCCAUCGAGACGGCAAGGCACAAAGUAUGAAGUAGGAACCAUUGUCGAGUGUAUUCGACGUUCGUCAAUUAUUUUCGUCGCUGUUCAUCCAGAAAAUUACCAGGAUUGUCUCGUCUCAUGUUUCAAUAGUGAACCAUCAUUAUUCGAUGGAAAAAUUCUAAUAGAUCUUUCCAAUCAAACAUCUGAAAAAACCAAUCAGCAGAACGAUCUAUCCAAUGCCGAACAACUUCAACAAGCAAUACCGAAUGCAUUUGUUGUCAAAGCAUUCAAUACAGUAUCAUCAUUUGUCAUGCAAAGUGAAACAGCAGAAUCUAAUUGUCCGCUGGAAUUGCUCAAAAAUUGCCAAAAUAGAAACUUGGCUUUUGUGGAAUAG